AAAAUAUAGCUUGGUGGCGGUGUGUGUGGCGGAGAGAAGUUGGUUAAGUUUAUUUUUAAGGUGAGUGGCGGAGAAGGACGGCUGUAUUAUGGAACUGGAAAAAAUGGAUGAGAACGACUGGAGGUACCAUGGAGAGGGGAACCGGAGUUUGGUGGUGUCUCAUGUCCAAAAUUCGCAGGUUCUCCGUCUCCUGAAGUACCCGAUGGACGAUGCUGAACACGCACGUCAGACCACGGAUCAGGCCUUCAGACACAUCCAGAACAUUGUGGACUACAGUAAGAAUGUGAUGAAGCCGCUGCUCGGGGAGGAGUGCGUCCACCACGGAGAAGCAGUUAAACUACCGCUGGACUUUCUGAGGCAGCUGUCUUUGAAGGUUCAACAGGAGAGACCAGAGUCCCGCUGUGACAAGGUGAUGGACACGUUCAGCGGCUGCGCCCUGUGUUUGCCUAACUUGACACAGCUGUCCGCUUGUCGCCUCAGCAAGCGCAGUCCACAGCUCUGCAUCGAGAUCAAGCCAAAGUGCGGCUUUUUGCCGUUUUCCCAACACGUUACGCAGGAGGUGAAGCGCAGGGUGUGUCGCUUCUGCAUGCACCAGCACUUUAAGCUGGCCAAUGGGAAGUGGAAGAGGAUGAGCCGGUAUUGCCCACUGGACCUGUUCUCAGGGAACAAACAGAGGAUGUACUUUGCAAUUAAACACUUAUUAGAAGAGCCACAAAACAACUUCAAAAUUUUUACGAGCGGUGAGCUCAUCUACGGCUGUGAAGACGACCGCGCCAAGCAGCAGGACCUCUGCGAGUUGGCCCAGCGCCUGCGGCCCCACUUCCCCUCGGGGCAGCCCCCUUCCAACAAAGCGCUCCUCAGCGAGCUCAUUCAGGCAAUCGUUGGCGCGCUGCUGGGCACGCUCGAACCCGGGCAUGCCGGAGAGCCUCAGAGGCGGGCACCCGCUGAGAGCAGAGCUUACUGCCAGGGUAGCCCGCUGCAUCCAGAACUGCUGCGCAAUGGAAGCCCAGGCCUGCCCAAGCACUGUAUCCUGUACAGAAUCCUCCAGACCCAAAUGCUGGACAGCCUUGACAUUGAGGGAGUUUAUCCGCUGUACAGAAGAGUGGAGCAGCACUUGGAGGAGAUUCCCAAGGACAGGGGGCGGCUGCAGAUAGAUGGGCCGUACAAUGAAAAAUUCCUGGAAAAAGUGGUAAACUGCCCUUCAGAAGACGAUGGCUCUGUUGAAUAUGCUGUGGGAAAGAUUCACCAGUACAGAGUGGCGAUGACAGCCAAGGACUGCUCAGUCCUCAUUGCCCUGGCACCCUGUGGACAAGAUGACACACUGGAGCCUAGCCUGGAGAUUCAGCCUUCAAAACCUGGAUUCACAUCCUCGGUGUCCAUCUUAGAUUUAGACCCCAAACCCUACGAGAACAUUGCUCACCAGUACAAGCUUGACUCGAAAAUCGUCAGUUACUACUUAUGGAAAAUGCAAACUGAAAAGGAGCAGCAUCAACAGCAGCAGCAGCAGCAUCCCCCACCAGCAUUGGCUUCCCACCUCUACCGAGAGGGUCAGGACUGCACUUUGGUGUUCCAGCCUGUGUGACCCUCCACAGGCAGCACGGGGUUGAAUGCAUCAAGGUCAGAUGCUGGGCUAGCACCUGGACUGUUUGCUUCUUCUGUUAGUUCCAAAGCUGAAUGCCACACUUGCUGACUAAUGGGUAUGGGUUAGGGUGAGUAGGGAAGGGCAAUGCAGGUCCCCUGCAGCAGAAAGCCCAGAAGAGCAUGUGCAGAGCCCUGAACUGCUUUGGGUGCCAUCAGCUUGUACACAGUUCUGCUGGAUUAACUGCAAUGCCGUAGUGUACAAAGCUGUACCAAACUCUAGUUACUGACACCUUUCAUUAUUUUAGAGCUUUCGAAGUAAAGAAAAGAGAAUAAGAAAUUAUGGAGAAAAAUACAGACGGAAAGGUGCAGAGAACAAGUAGAGCAGGACAAUGUGUGGAAUUGGCCAAAGCACUCAUAACUGAACUCCUCAGAUGUUCAGCGAUACGCUUCACGAUAGAGUUAUGAAGACAAAUUCCACUAAGACACAUUUCAGCCCGUUAGAGUAGACAGAGUCCUGAGCUGUAAAAACAGCAGACAUGUGGUAUGGUAGAACCAGCUAUAAGUGUGUGUGAAGGGGUAGAGGGUCCUGGGAGCUGUUACCAUGGUGAUCCGAAAGUGAAGAAAGUUCCGUUAACCGUUCUGUGCACAAUAGGGGGCAGAUGCAUUAAGUAGCACAGAUUGUUGUCUUGAGAGUUUCUCAUUCAUCAAGCAGUUUACAAUGAAAGACUAAAUAAGCAGAGCUAAUUUAAGGUACACGUAGUACAGACAACGGUAGCAACCAUAACGUGCUUAUCAGCAUGUAAUUGAACAAGCAAACUGGACUGCAAAGAAUGAAUAACAGUGUUACUGCUGCAGUACAGUCUGUAAGCGUCUGUGUGAGCAGAUACCGUAUUGAUACCAGAGUUAAUGUGCCCCAGGUUGUGUUCAUCUGUGUUGUAGAAACUAGUGUGCAGUGUUUCUUUUUAAAUUGAGACAUACUGGAUGUAAACAGAUCAACACAGUAUAUUGUAUGAAAAAUAUUCUACAUUUGUCCUAAAGUGCCCUACAUCUGUACAUCCUUGUGUAUUUUCCUGAAAUUCUUUGAAAACACACGUGAUUGCUGUUCUAGUCUGAGAUGUUUGCAUACCAGAAAAAGGAAAUGACAGCACACAGUUCUGACUUGUACCAUUGCUGUAGAGAAGCAGUUCCUACAGCUAGCUGGAGCUACUCGGUACAGGAAGUUGGGACUCUGCAGAUGUUGUGCAAGGCUUCACAACAAGUCCUGUCACAAUGACCUUUUCUAUGGUUUCAAACUGUGCGUUAAAGGUUUAAAUAAGUAGUUCAAAAGGUGAAGGUAAUCCAAAAUAGUAAUUAUUGAGCUCUGUUCAGGGACCCACAUGUGAGUUACCUCCGGAACAAAUCAGAGGUUGUAUGGCUGCAGCUUUUUGCUGCAUUGCACCUCUCCUUGUACCGAUUUUUACAUGGCUUGAGAUGCCUUAAUGCACCAUGAAGUGCUGCUGCAGCUGUGAGGGGAAGGUCUUUUAAAAAAGAUUUCUGAAACCCAAGGACUCAUUUUUCUGUAACCGCUCAACAGGGGAAAUCAAUUGGUGACAAAGCAAGGCAGACCUUGUCCCUGAUGUGUGCCCCCAACCUCAUCUGUGUGAUGUGAGUAGUUGAAAGAGCAGGCCAGCUCACUUACUGUGGUUUUGGGAUAUGGGCUCCGCAGGAGGUGUACAAGGGAGAA